CUGAAAACCCCGCCCCUUGUAUUCCUCUGCAGGCGUCCUCUGCGAGCAGAACCUCUCCAGAGGCAAACGUAAAUAAAAGGACCGCGGGAAGCGGCACCGCUGCUGCCGGGAUGUCUGGCACAGGUACGGUGCUGCAGCAGUUCGUGGGUGGCCUUAAGAACAGGAAUGAGGACACGCGUGCCAAAGCUGCUAAGGACCUUCAGCAUUAUGUGACCACAGAGCUGAGAGAACUGAGUCAAGAAGAAUCCACCACUUUUUAUGAUGAGUUGAACCACCACAUAUUCGAGCUGGUCUCCAGCUCGGAUGUGAAUGAGAAAAAAGGAGGGAUUCUUGCCAUAGUGAGCUUGAUUGGAGUGGAGGGAGGCAAUGCCACACGCAUCAGCCGCUUUGCCAACUACCUGCGCAACCUGCUGCCCUCCAGUGAUCCGGUAGUCAUGGAGAUGGCCUCCAAAGCUAUGGGGCACCUGUCCAUGGCAGGAGACACGUUUACCGCAGAGUAUGUGGAGUUUGAGGUGAAGCGGGCUCUGGAGUGGCUGGGAGCUGACAGGAACGAGGGCCGACGCCAUGCAGCGGUGCUGGUGUUGCGGGAACUGGCCGUCAGCGCCCCCACAUUCUUCUUUCAACAAGUUCAGCCGUUCUUUGACAACAUCUUCUACGCGGUGUGGGACUCUAAGCAGGCUAUCCGUGAGGGAGCAGUGUCCGCUCUCAGAGCCUGCCUCAUCCUCACCACACAGAGAGAGACCAAGGAAAUGCAGAAACCUCAGUGGUACAAGCAAACGUUUGAAGAGGCAGAGAAAGGUUUUGACGAGACACUGGCUAAAGAGAAAGGCAUGAACAAGGAUGACCGGUGCCAUGGUGCCAUGCUGAUUCUGAACGAGCUGGUUCGCAUCAGCAGCAUGGAGGGAGAGCGAAUGCGAGAGGAGAUGGAUGAGAUCACACAGCAGCAGCUGGUUCACGAUAAGUACUGCAAGGAGCUGAUGGGCUUUGGCACAAAGCCACGCUACAUCACACCCUUCACCAGCUUCCAGUCGGUGCAGCCACCGCAGUCCAACGCCUUGCUCGGGCUCCUGGGUUACAGCAGCCAGCAGUGCUUCCUCAACUUUGGUGCUGUGCCAGUGCCUUCUAAGAGCACGCUGGUAGAGAGCCGUUACUGUCGCGAGCUGAUGGAGGAGCGCUUUGACCAGGUGUGCCGUUGGGUGCUGAAGUACAGGACCACUAAAAAUCCUCUCAUCCAGAUGACUAUCCUCAACCUGUUGCCUCGUCUCGCAGCCUUCCAGCCACAUACCUUCACAGAUCAGUAUUUGUCAGACACAAUGGGUCACCUGCUGGGCUGUCUGAAGAAAGAGAAAGAGCGCACAGCUGCAUUCCAGGCCCUCGGGCUGUUAGUGGUGGCCGUGAGGACUGAGAUUCAGCCAUACCUUUCCAAGAUCCUCGAGAUCAUUAAAGCAGCCCUGCCACCGAAGGACUUUGCACACAAGAGACAGAAGACCAUGCAGGUAGAUGCCACUGUCUUCACCUGUAUCAGCAUGCUGUCUAGAGCUUUGGGACCCAGCAUUCAUCAAGAUAUCAAGGAGCUUCUAGAGCCAAUGUUAGCUGUUGGACUUAGCCCCGCGUUGACAGCCGUACUCUACGACCUGAGCCGACAAAUUCCUCAACUUAAGAAAGAUAUCCAGGAUGGAUUGCUUAAGAUGCUGUCGCUGGUGCUGAUGCAUAAGCCGUUACGGCAUCCCGGCAUGCCCAAAGGCCUUGCACACCAGCUGUCCUCACCCAGCCUCACCAACAUCCCUGAGGCCAGUGAUGUUGGCAGCAUCACUCUGGCUCUGCGCACCCUGGGCAGCUUUGAGUUUGAGGGACAUUCCUUAACGCAAUUUGUGCGCCACUGCGCCGACCACUUUCUGAACAGCGAGCACAAAGAAAUCCGCAUGGAGGCGGCACGGACUUGCUCACGUCUCCUCACACCUUCCAUCCACCUGAUCAGCGGUCACGGUCACGUGGUCAGCCAGACAGCCGUGCAGGUGGUAGCCGACGUCCUCAGCAAACUGCUGGUAGUAGGCAUCACAGAUCCAGAUCCCGACAUACGUUACUGUGUGUUGGCGUCUCUGGAUGAACGCUUCGACGCCCACCUGGCCCAGGCCGAGAACCUGCAGGCUCUCUUCGUGGCACUGAAUGACGAAGUGUUUGAGAUUCGAGAGCUGGCCAUCUGCACGAUCGGCCGCCUCAGCAGCAUGAACCCAGCCUUCGUCAUGCCCUUUCUGCGCAAGAUGCUCAUCCAGAUCCUGACUGAGCUGGAGCACAGCGGUGUGGGCCGGAACAAGGAGCAGAGCGCCCGCAUGCUGGGCCACCUCGUGUCCAAUGCCCCUCGGCUCAUCAGGCCUUACAUGGAGCCCAUUCUCAAAGCGCUCAUCCUGAAGCUGAAAGAUCCAGACCCUAACCCUGGCGUAGUCAUUAGCGUCCUAGCUACCAUUGGGGAGUUGGCUCAGGUGAGCUACCGGAUACGGCAGGGCCACAAGAAUGUAAAGAGUAGGGUUAGCGUAGCCGUUCAGAGAACAGAUGGUGCAGAUGAUGCCAGAGAAGAGACAGGAAGUGCAGUCGGACAUGUACCGGAGAGGAAGGUGAGUGGUCUGGAGAUGAGAAAGUGGAUGGAUGAGCUUUUCCCCAUUAUCAUGGACAUGCUUCAGGACUCGUCCUCCUUGGCCAAAAGACAGGUGGCGCUGUGGACUCUGGGCCAACAGGUGGCCAGUACCGGCUAUGUGGUGGAACCCUACAGGAAGUAUCCAUCUUUGCUCGAGGUGCUGCUCAACUUCCUAAAAACAGAGCAGAACCAGGGCAUCAGGCGAGAGGCCAUCCGUGUGCUUGGCCUUCUUGGCGCACUGGACCCCUAUAAGCAUAAGGUCAACAUUGGCAUGAUUGACCAAUCACGCGAUGCUUCUGCUGUGAGCCUCUCAGAAUCAAAGUCCAGUCAAGACUCAGCCGACUACAGCACCAGUGAAAUGCUCGUGAACAUGGGCAACUUACCGCUAGACGAGUUUUACCCAGCUGUUGCCAUAGUGACGCUGAUGCGCAUCCUGCGAGACCCGUCGCUCUCCAACCACCACACCAUGGUGGUGCAAGCUGUCACCUUCAUUUUCAAGUCAUUGGGCCUAAAGUGUGUGCAGUUCCUGCCCCAGGUCAUGCCCACCUUCCUCAAUGUCAUCCGAGUGUGUGACACCAGCAUAAAAGAAUUAGUUCCUCUCCUAGGUAUGGUGGUGUGCUUCGUCAAGAUCCACAUCCGACCGUACAUGGACGAUAUCGUCACCCUGAUCCGUGAAUAUUGGACCCCCAACAACCCAAUGCAGAACACCAUCAUCCUGCUCAUCGAGCAGAUAGUCGUGGCUCUGGGAGGAGAGUUCAAGCUGUACUUACCCCAGCUUAUCCCACACAUGCUACGGGUCUUCAUGCAUGACAGCAGCACCGGGCGGAGUGUUACCAUGAAGCUGCUCAUGGCCAUACAGCUGUUUGGUGCCAACCUGGAUGAUUACCUCCACCUGCUCCUGCCUCCUAUAGUCAAACUGUUUGAUGCCCCUGAUGUCCCACUGCAAGUCCGCAAGGUUGCUUUGGAAACCUUAGAUCGUUUGACCGAGUCCCUGGACUUCACCGACUACGCUUCCAGAAUCAUCCACCCCAUCGUGCGCACUUUGGAUGGAACGCCUGAGUUGCGAAGCACAGCUAUGGACACCUUGUCCUCUUUGGUCUUCCAGCUUGGUAAAAAGUACCUUAUCUUUAUUCCUAUGGUGAACAAAGUGAUGUUAAAGCACCGAAUCAACCACCAACGAUAUGAUGUCCUCAUCUGCCGCAUCGUUAAGGGUUACACUCUGGCUGAUGAGGAAGAAGACUCUCAGAUUUUCCAGCAUCGCCAAUCACGUAGUAGCCAAAGUGACACGCUGGAGGGUGGUCCGGUGGAGUCCGGUCCGAUGAAGAAGCUCCACGUCAGCACAACUGCACUUCAGAAGGCAUGGGGUGCUGCCAGGAAGGUGUCUAAAGAUGACUGGCUGGAAUGGUUACGGCGCCUCAGUGUAGUCCUGCUGAAAGAGUCGCCCUCUCCUGCCCUGCGCUCCUGUUGGUCCCUUGCCCAGACCUACAUUCCACUUGCCAGAGAUCUUUUUAACGCCGCGUUCCUGUCCUGCUGGUCUGAGCUAAGCGAGGAUCAACAAGAUGAGCUGAUCCGCAGCAUUGAGCUAGCACUGACAUCACAGGACAUUGCUGAAGUCACACAGACUCUGCUCAACCUGGCUGAAUUCAUGGAGCAUAGCGACAAGGGUCCACUUCCACUGAGGGACGAUAAUGGAAUCGUGCUACUGGGCGAGAGAGCUGCUAAAUGCCGUGCCUAUGCCAAGGCUCUGCAUUAUAAAGAGCUCGAAUUCCAAAAAGGCCCGACUCCCCUUAUUCUGGAAUCCCUUAUUAGUAUCAACAACAAGCUGCAGCAGCCAGAGGCCGCAUCAGGGGUCUUGGAGUAUGCCAUGAAACAUUUUGGCGAAUUGGAGAUUCAGGCCACCUGGUACGAGAAACUACAUGAGUGGGAAGAUGCUCUGGUAGCCUAUGAUAAGAAGAUCGACAUGAAUAAAGGGGACCCGGAGCUGAUUCUGGGCCGUAUGCGCUGUUUAGAGGCACUGGGAGAAUGGGGUCAGCUACACCAGCAGUGUUGUGAGGAAUGGACUCUGGUUAGUGAGGAGACACAGGCCAAGAUGGCACGCAUGGCAGCCGCUGCAGCCUGGGGCCUGGGGCACUGGGACAGUAUGGAAGAGUACACCUGUAUGAUCCCUAGAGACACCCACGAUGGUGCCUUUUACAGGGCAGUGCUUGCUUUGCACCAGGACCUCUUCUCAUUGGCCCAACAAUGCAUCGACAAGGCCAGAGACCUGCUGGACGCUGAGUUGACUGCCAUGGCUGGAGAGAGCUACAGCAGAGCAUACGGGGCCAUGGUGUCAUGCCAGAUGCUGUCAGAACUAGAGGAGGUGAUCCAGUAUAAACUGGUUCCAGAGAGGAGGGACAUCAUCAGGGAUACAUGGUGGGAAAGAUUGCAGGGCUGCCAGCGAAUAGUGGAGGACUGGCAGAGGAUCCUGAUGGUCCGUUCUCUAGUCAUCAAUCCCCAUGAGGACAUGAGGACAUGGCUGAAGUAUGCCAGCUUGUGUGGAAAGAGUGGACGUCUGGCUCUUGCUCAUAAGACGUUGGUCUUGCUCCUCGGUGUUGAUCCGUCCAAACAGCUGGACCAGCCUAUGCCCACAGCGCACCCACACGUGACGUACGCUUAUAUGAAGUACAUGUGGAAGAGUGCGCGCAAGAUCGACGCGUUCCAGCACAUGCAGCACUUUGUGCAGGCCAUGCAGCAGAAGGCUCAGCACGCCAUCGCAGCCGAGGACCAACAGCAAAAGCAGGAGCUUCACAAGCUUAUGGCCAGAUGUUUCUUAAAGUUGGGUGAAUGGCAGCUGAGUCUUCAGGGCAUCAAUGAAAGCACCAUACCGAAAGUGCUUCAAUACUACAGUCACUCCACAGAGCAUGACCGCAACUGGUACAAGGCUUGGCACGCCUGGGCUGUAAUGAACUUCGAGGCCGUACUGCACUACAAGCACCAGAACCAAGGCCGGGACGAGAAGAAGAAGUUCCGGCACGCCAGCGGCGCUAGUGGUGCCAGCGCCAACAGUGAAGCCAGCAACAGUGAUAGUGAAGCUGACAGUGCUGACCACAGCCCAGUUCCUUCACCUGGCCAGAAAAAAGUCAGCGAGGAUUUGUCUAAGACUCUGCUGCUUUACACGGUUCCUGCUGUGCAGGGAUUUUUCCGAUCUAUAUCCCUGUCACGUGGAAACAACUUGCAGGACACACUGAGAGUUUUGACCUUGUGGUUUGAUUAUGGCCAUUGGCCUGAAGUGAAUGAAGCUCUAGUGGAAGGAAUCAAAACUAUACAGAUAGAUACGUGGUUACAGGUUAUUCCUCAGCUGAUCGCUCGUAUCGAUACCCCUCGCCCACUGGUGGGACGCCUCAUUCAUCAGUUACUCACCGACAUUGGCCGCUACCACCCACAGGCUUUGAUCUACCCACUGACUGUGGCGUCCAAGUCCACCACUACAGCUCGCCACAAUGCUGCCAAUAAAAUCCUGAAGAACAUGUGUGAGCACUGUAACACACUGGUUCAGCAAGCCAUCAUGGUGAGUGAAGAGCUGAUCAGGGUAGCCAUCUUGUGGCAUGAGAUGUGGCAUGAGGGCUUGGAGGAGGCUUCCCGUCUGUAUUUUGGCGAAAGGAACGUCAAGGGCAUGUUUGCUGUGCUGGAGCCACUACAUGCAAUGAUGGAGAGAGGACCUCAGACCCUAAAAGAGACCUCUUUCAAUCAGGCAUACGGCCGUGAUCUGAUGGAGGCGCAGGACUGGUGCAGGAAGUACAUGCGCUCGGGUAACGUGAAGGACCUGACCCAGGCCUGGGACCUUUAUUAUCAUGUCUUCCGCAGGAUCGCCAAGCAGCUUCCACAGCUCACCUCUCUGGAGCUGCAGUACGUCUCACCAAAACUGCUCAUGUGUCGUGAUUUGGAGCUCGCUGUGCCCGGCACUUAUGACCCCAACCAGCCAGUCAUACGCAUCCAAUCCAUCGCACCUUCGCUACAGGUCAUCACCUCCAAACAGAGACCACGCAAGCUGACCAUCAUGGGCAGCAAUGGGCACGAGUUCAUGUUCCUGCUUAAGGGUCAUGAAGAUCUACGGCAAGACGAGAGGGUCAUGCAACUCUUCGGGCUCGUCAACACGCUGCUGGCUAAUGACCCAGCAUCUCUCCGCAAGAAUCUGAGUAUCCAGCGGUAUGCCGUGAUUCCCUUGUCCACUAACUCUGGCCUGAUUGGUUGGGUUCCUCACUGUGACACACUGCACGCUCUGAUUCGAGAUUACCGCGAGAAGAAGAAGAUCUUGCUGAACAUCGAGCACCGCAUUAUGCUCAGGAUGGCUCCAGACUAUGACCACUUGACUCUUAUGGAGAAAGUCGAGGUGUUUGAGCAUGCCGUGAAUAACACAGCAGGAGAUGACCUUGCCAAGCUGCUGUGGCUUAAGAGUCCCAGCUCAGAGGUGUGGUUUGACAGGAGAACCAAUUACACUCGCUCCCUCGCUGUGAUGUCCAUGGUUGGAUAUAUCCUAGGACUUGGAGACAGGCAUCCUUCUAACCUGAUGCUGGACAGGCUGAGUGGAAAGAUCCUUCACAUUGACUUUGGAGAUUGCUUUGAGGUUGCCAUGACCAGAGAGAAGUUCCCGGAGAAAAUCCCCUUCAGGUUGACUAGGAUGCUGACAAAUGCCAUGGAGGUGACAGGGCUGGAUGGAAACUACCGGAUUACGUGCCACACGGUGAUGGAGGUGCUGCGAGAGCACAGAGACAGCGUCAUGGCCGUGCUGGAGGCCUUCGUCUACGACCCCUUACUCAACUGGAGGCUUAUGGACACUAACACUAAAGGAACCAAGCGCUCAAGGACCAGAACCGACUCCUAUACAGCUGGACAAUCUGUAGAAACAAUAGAGGGUAUUGAGCUGGGAGAAACCACUCACAAAAAGCCAGGAACCACCGUGCCUGAAUCUAUUCACUCUUUCAUCGGAGAUGGCCUUGUGCAACCUGAAGCCUUGAACAAGAAAGCCAUCCAGAUUAUCAACAGGGUGCGGGACAAACUGACAGGGCGGGACUUCUCCCAUGAUGAGACCCUUGACGUCCCGACACAAGUAGAGCUGUUGAUUAAACAAGCCACAUCACACGAGAACCUGUGCCAGUGUUACAUUGGAUGGUGUCCGUUUUGGUAGAGCUGCUGCCGAGCCUUGUUUUGCUAUCCGUGUUAUUUAAUGAUACACUUGUGGUCUGUAAUGCCAUGUUUGCGACAAAUCGGCUAAACAGACUUAAGAGCGCUGCGUGAAUUAGACACUUUAAAGUGUCUCUGUCUUUUAUUAACUUAAAGAUGGAAUACAUGAAAUUAUGACCGAGGGAGCUAAAUACUUGAUUGAAAGCGUUAAUCCUGAAAAAUGAUCAGCAUUUCUUUUGCCAAUAAAUUGUAAAGAAGUGUC